UGAGAAAUGUCUUCCAGCAUGCACUUGACUACUGAAGAGUGGGCCAGGAUUGUUUCCAACACACGCUUGACUACUGAAGACUUCGCUAAAUCUGACGACUACUUCAAUAGCUACUUGAAUCCCAAGGACCCAGUACUCGAGGCUGGUGUGCAGAACAGUCGGGCUAAUGGUCUUCCAGACAUUGCUGUUAGUUCUGCCCAGGGAAAGCUCCUGAAGCUCAUUGCGCAAUCCAUUAGCGCGAAGAGGAUCCUUGAAAUCGGUGUUCUUGGAGGAUACUCCACUACCUGGCUUGCCAGAGCGCUGCCCGAAGACGGAAAGCUCAUCGGGCUAGAGCUGUCCGAUAAGCAUGCUCGGGUCGCCAAAGAGAACAUUAGCCGCGCAGGCUUGUUGUCCAAGGUUGAAGUGAAGGUGGGACCAGCGGCCGAUACGUUGAAAACCCUGAAGUCCAGCGAGCCCUUCGAUCUCGUCUUCAUCGAUGCAGACUGGGAGAACAUUCCGGUUUACUUCAAUGAGGCCAACAUCAGGAAAAAGUUGGCGAGGAAGGGUGGCGUCAUCCUUCUGGACAACGUCAACUGGCUUGGAAGGGCUGCACUAGAGCUGGAAGAUACCAAAGACGAAUGGGUCAAAGCCAUUAGAAAGCUCCUGGAACAGCUGAAGGACGACAAAGAAGUUGACGCCACUGUUUUCGGACUGGUCGGCGUUAGAGACUUCGAUGGAAUGUUGUAUGCCGUCAAAUUGUGA